AUGCCCGACGUCACCUUCACCAACAACCUCAAACAAAAGAUUCACAUCGGCCUCUGGAUAGGCUGGCUUGAUCAUUAUGGAAACUCGAUCGCCCCAGGCGCCUCCUGGACUGCGCCCCUCGCGUCGGUACCAUAUACUAUCGAAAUCCGUGCCGAUACAGGUGACAAUGCGUUCAGCAAGGCAGAGGGAGACGCGAAGGUUGGACACAUGGUCGGCGCAAUGGGUCAAGGUACCAUUUCUAUACUGGCGGGCUUGGGCUGGGGGCUCGGUAUCAUGGGUGUCGGAGGGGUGGCGGCUCAAGCGGCAAGCGGCACAUUACGCCACCGCGCAUGGAAGACUUCGAGCGACACGAUGCAAAAUGCGAUUCAGGGCGGCGCGCGCUACUUUACGAACGACAGCGCUGGCCACAUCCUCAGUAGCCAACAACUGAUUGGUUGGGGUCCAAUGCACUAUGACGUCCGCGGGGAGGGUAAUCGGGUGCAAUUGUACGAGCCGGGCGCGAAUGCUGUCCGUGCUGAAGUAAACGCGUCGUUCGAGCAAUCCGUCGUCGUAGCCUCGUGA